GUUUCGUUUCUUGGACCUUCCUCUCAUACUUUUAUCGAUCAUCUCGUCUGUUUUCAAGGUUCCCAGACUCAGGUUUUGGCUUUGGUUUUGGCCUUUUCCACCUCCCUCACCUACCUUCUCGCUAUUGCCGUCGUUGCUACCUGCUGUCGGGCUGUUACUUAAUCUUGCCUCAACUCCCUAGCUUCUCAAAUUCCUUGCUCCUAUUCCUCUUCCUCCUUGCUCAGUCGGGCGUGCCUGCGUGCGUGCUAAGCAUCAGCUGAUUUUAUUUGGUUCCUGGGCCUUGCCUGUGCCUUUCGUCAGCCACUACGGAGGUCCCGGGCACGACUCACACGGCGAUUACAAAUUCUUUCCGAUCGCACUUGGAUUUCCUUUUUUUUUUUGGACGGAAAACGUGCCUGCGCUCUGAUCAGCAUUUGGGAUAAACAAUCUUAAUCUUUUCUGCCUCAGUGCUUGCUUAUCUCCCAUCACUGGGGCCGUUUUCGAAUCAUCAGCGUCAUCUGCAGACAGAACAUGAUAUAGAACCAGGCGAUAGAUGAUAGCGUCAUCGACGACGAUCCAAUCCUCGACCAAAAUCACCACAACACACACGACUCCACGCACCUGGGUUGGCAACAUAGAUAUUGCGCCCACACACGUUUCUCUAGCAGCUGCCAGCCGAUCGCCUUCUGAAAUAGAAAAACAGCACCAUCAUACAGCACAAAGCGUCCUGCAUCUGUCAGAAUGCAGGACCUCAGCAACUACUCCCCACAGGCCAAACCGAAGCUGCACAUCCCACACCUGCAGUGGCCCGGCGCCCUCAAGAUCAAGAUUCCAGAGAGGUACCGUUCAGGUGGCGGCGACAGCAGGAGGUCUCGGUCCAGGAAGCCCAGGAGAAAGCAUCAUGACGAGCCGACGAGCCUCACGAGGAUGCAGACCUCGUUCAACCCCAUGGACGGAGUGCGCGCCAUACAACGACACAGAUGGGGGUGGUUGGACAUCCAGUACCCCGCCCUGGCAGGCUUCAUGCUCUUCUCGCUCAUCAUAGCGCCCAUGCCGAUACUCGUCAAGAUUGCCAUCCCGCUGGUCUCCGUGUUCGUGUGUUUGAUGCCUGCAACAAGACAAUUCUUCCUCCCGUCCAUGCCCAUAUGGAUCUACCUCCUCUACUUCUUCUGCAGCCGCUUCAUUCCCGUCCAGUACCGCCCCCAUAUCUGGGUCAAGGUCCUCCCGGCCCUCGAGAAUGUCCUGUACGGCGCCAACAUCUCUAACAUCCUCUCCGCCCACACCCACGCCGUCCUCGACCUGCUCGCAUGGCUGCCCUACGGCAUUGGCCACUUUGGCGGACCUGCCGUGGUCUCUGUCACCACCUUCAUCUUUGCCGCGCCCAAGACGACACCGGUCUUCGCCCGCUCCUUCGGGUGGUUGUGCCUGGCUGGUGUCACCCUCUCGCUCGUGUUCCCUUGCACGCCGCCCUGGUACGAGAAGGAACACGGCCUCGAGCCCGCACACUACGGGAUGUCGGGUUCUCCCGCUGGCCUCGCCCGCAUUGACAAGCUGCUGGGCGUUGACAUGUACACCACGAGCUUCACCACCGCGCCCAUGCCCUUUGGCGCCUUCCCCAGCCUCCACGCCGCCAACGCCACCCUGGAGGCCCUCUUCAUGAGCUUCUGCUUCCCGAAACUGCGCCCGCUCUUCAUCUUCUACGUUGGCUGGUUGUGGUGGGCCACCAUGUACCUGAACCACCACUACGCCAUCGACCUCGUUGCCGGGAGCCUGAUGUCCACUGGGGUCUACACGAUUGCCCGUGCCAGGUAUCUGCCACGCCAGCAGCCCGACAAGAAGAAUCGCUGGGCCUAUGAGUUCGUCGAGAUCGGCGACAAGCCGCGGAACCUCGACGAGGAGUACGGUCUCGUUGGCAAGGCGGACGGUGAGGGGUACAGCCUGGGCCUGCUGGAGCAGCGCGAGGACGAGGAUGAGUGGACCAUUGGGAGCAGCUCGAGCUUCUCUGCCUCGAGCUCGCCCAGGACGAGCACCACCUCUCCGACGCUGCUGAGCCCCAGCACACCCGAUGGCGAGUUCGCGCACGUCACCAUCCCGAUGGGUCUCGACGGCCAGCUGAUGUGGGAGGGCGCCGAGAGGGCGCCGGCGAGAGAGAGCGAGCUCAGUGAGGUCGUCGUUGUCAGGUGA